AUGGCUACGAAGGAGACGACUCCGCUGCUGGGGUCGAAGACGAAGAGCAGCAAAGACGACCUGUGGGAUUCAUCGAUGGGAUGGUUCGGCGCCGGGAGUCAAAAGAACAACGUGAACUACUGGCGCAAGCAGAAGUCAAUGAACUUUGUGAUCCUGGCGGCGGCUGCCUUGAUCGGUGUCUUGCUCGCUGUGAUCGUGAACGAGACGCUGUGGUAUUCUGCCGUCGGGUUCGAGACUAUGGAGACCGGCUUCACUACCUUACUCAAGGUGCUGGUGUUCGCCACGACGGUGGUGGCGUACAUCUACCUGUAUCUCUACUACGAUGCUCUGAUCCAGAUCAAGCGCUGCGAGGGUGUUGAGCUCAGCUACGGUUUCGGGAUCAUGUCGCUGUGGGAGUCGAGGAACCUGCUGCAGUUUCUUCUAGAUGCGCUGAUCCUCCUGCCCCAGCCCUUCCCCUUCGUCCACUUCAGCAUCGAGAUCCAGGACAUCUUUCGGGACGAGGCCCCGAUCGUCUACACGUCGGACAACAUCUCGAUGGCACUGAUGUUCAUCAGGAUCGUGUUCCUCCCGCGUCUCAUAGCCGAGAUCUUCCUCAUGUCGAGGGAGAUGGCAGUGGUCGUCGCCAGGCUCAACAACGUCGAGAUCGACACCUGGUUCGUCAUCCGCUCCCUCUUCGUCGCCAACUUCGGAACGCUCAUGGUACUUAUCUCCGUCAUGACCGUCUCUACCUCCUACAUCAUGCUGCUCUGCGAGCGGCCGUACCCGCACGCUGACCAGCUGUCGGAGUUCGGGCCCUGCCUCUACCAGACCAUCAUCACCAUGACGACGGUCGGGUACGGGGACCUGGUGCCGCACACGAGGCUGGGGAGGGGAGUGGCAGUGAUCAACGGCUGUGCGGGCGUCGUGUUCAUCUCGCUCAUUAUCCAGGGGGUGGUACAGCGGGUGGCGCUGAACGCGCCGGAGGCAAAAGUCAUGCAGUUCAUCGAGAUGAACGAGAACGGGCGGGAGGUGCGGAACAAAGCGGCGGUUGUGGUGCAGACGGUGUACCGUCAGUACAAGCUCAACGUGGAGGCGGCGGGAGCCGGACGAGCCAACGUGAGGGUCAAGGUUCACCCCAAGAUCAGAAACGUGCUGACAGAGUUCCGAUAUGUGAACCGGGAGAAGAAGAGAUUGUCUUCCUUCAAGGAGCAACACCUAAUUCACUUCGAGCAGAUUGAG